AUGCCCAGUGAGCCGGCUCCUCAAGCUUACUUCCACAAAGUUCCUAGUAUCAAGGGCGUGUACUGUAUUGCCCUGAACAGACCAAAAUAUAAGAAUGCAAUCAGCGUCCAGAUGCUUCAGCCGUCUUUGAACGUGCUCAUAUUCUACUCUUCCACUCUGGGUUCGUUCUGUGCAGGCGCGGACCUCAUCGAACGGCGAUCCAUGAACGAAGAUCAAGUCCGCGACUUCCUUUCUCACCUUCGUCUAGUUUUCAGUAGUAUCGACCGCCUCGAGUUCCCUACCAUCUGCGCUAUAGAUGGUCCUGCACUUGGAGGAGGUCUGGAGCUUGCACUGACAUGCGACUUUCGUAUAUGUGCCCGAGACGUGACCAAGAUCAGCUUCCCCGAAGUUCGCUUGGGGAUUAUACCAGGAGCUGGAGGUACACAGCGUGCUCCGCGCCUGAUUGGGAUGACCAAAGCAAAGGAGCUCAUUUUCACGGGUCGUUCGCUCACCGCUUCCGAUGCUCUGGAGUUAGGUCUCGUCGAUUACCUUGCAGAAUCUUCUUCUACCGCCUAUGAUCGGUCAUUGAAACUAGCUGAAGAGAUGGCACACAGUGCACCAUUGGCGCUGCGCGCCGCAAAGACAGCUAUUUCUCGAUCUUGUGAACUGCCGCUGGAGUCCGCGCUUGACCAUGAACGCUUGUGCUACGAGCCUCUUUUAGACACGCAAGAUCGCUUGGAAGCCCUUGAUGCAUUCAAAGAAAAGAGGAUCCCUGUUUUCAUUGGAAAGUAA